UGUAUAAUUUCGUAUGACAAUAUUUUUGUUAAGUCCAGAGGCUUAUAAUGGUGAUUUGCUUAACAACAAUUUAUUACUUUGAAACUAAAAAAGAUUAUUAAGACAAGAUAAUUAAAGCCAUAAAUGCAAUAAAGUGGUUAACCUACUUACUGUAACCUAAUUAAUUUUUAUUGCAUAGAAGUGUAUUAAUUGCAAAUUAGUGUGUAGACAAAAUUAAAGCUAAUCCAAGAUCUGUAAAGAUAACCCUGUUAAGACAUUAAAUGUAGAAAUUAGUCAAAUAACGCUGUACGUUUUGUGACGAUACAUCAUACAAACGAUAAAAUAAAUAUUUAUUUGACAAUCGUUUCAUUAUCUUACGUCAGUUUUUAUCAACGCGAAAUGAUAGCGGCAAAUUUGAUAAAUACAAGAAAGAAAUUGACUUCAGUUUAAAGUUGUUGUUCCUGUGAUACAAUUGUUUAAGUUGCAUUCAAUAAAUUGCGACGAGAAAUUUGACGUUGGAUAUAAUCGGUCUCACGCAGUCUCAAUCUUCACUAAGAAGGUUCUAUUACACGCUUAUCGAGAUUAGCAUUGCUUCCUACUUUGACGUGAUCGCCAAAUUAUAUCCUUGGCUAGUGAUAAGCUUUAUCUUGUGACUUAUAUAUUAAAUAUUUACGUGAAAAAAAACAUUUACACGAUAAAGUGAAGUCGAAGUGAAUGAUAUAAAAGAAAGUUAACAAUGAGAACAAGGAAGAAGCCAGACUUGCGUCUGAACAUACCAUCGUAUCCACAUGACUACGUAGAAAUGCCAUCAGACACCAGACGACUAAUUCACGAAGCGAACAGAACACCAAACGAUAUACAAUACAUUGAUGCUGACGAACCAAAUAAUUCUGAAAUUAAUUUCCGAGUUGGUAGUCUUCAAUUUGAAAACAAGUUAGAAUUUCGCUCAUCAACACCAGAAAUCAAAAUUUUUGGACCAGAUUAUGAUGCGAAUUAUGGGAGCAAGGUUGAACAUGCACCAUCGCCGUCAGUGGACGGGGCCAGUCCUGUAGUCUAUAGAGACUUCAAACGGUCAUCCCUCUCCGUUCCAGAUAGAUUAAGGCACUACGAAAGACAGGAGUCAAAAAAUCAUUCAAAUAAUAUCCCUGAACAUCACCAGAGUUCAGCGUCCGUCUUCAGUGAUGGCGAUACUCCUGCAGAUGACAGCAACGUACUGUCAGACGAAGAGCGCACCAAAGUACCCCUCAGAUCACCUCGUCGUAAAUCAACAGCUCCUCGAAGGUUCAGAUCAGAAUUCAGCAUGGAUGACGACGAGUACUCCCCAAGUAACUCGGUGACCAGCGUCAACUCGCUAGCUAGCUUGUUGAAGGAAAAAUUACAGAGCAUUCCUCAGAAGAUAAGGAAGAAACCAACUGAUUACAAACUUCGUGCCUUCGUUGGUCUCAUGUUCCUCGCUAUCGUCUUCUUCGUUGGCUUCGCGUACGUCCUCUACCACCAGCAGGCUCUCACCAAGGCUUACUUCAAAAGCGUGCAGUUCAACGAACCGAAACGACUCAUCAGGGUCUUCAAUAAGGACGACGUGGAAAUUUUGAAAGCCAAUUUGGCUGUUGGUAUUCAAGGCAAGCAGAAGGCAUUUCCCUGUCUCCCUGAACAUCGUCGGCCUGAUGGGUCAGAAUGCUUGGAAUGGCUGCACAAUCUUCGUUUCUAUUUGAAAUGUCUUCCCCAUGAUCCUGGAGUUGAUAAUACUACUUGCUAUUCUGUUCAUUGGAAGGCUCUAAAACCAGAUGUCACUCCAAAUGAUUGCUUCGAUUGGAGCGAUACGAAAGUACACUGGUUCGGCGCCGGUCAAUCAAUCAACCUCACAUGGCCACUUAAUACUGGAGCUAUUGACUACACGCCAUUUAUAACUGGUGACAUGCAAAAAUCCCAAUGGGGUAAUGUCCUAACACGGUACUUGAUUAACUCCAAAGGAGCUGCCAUAAUUAUUGACGACGAAACUCCAUUACACAUUUCCGUUAAUAAAGAAAGAAGAGAAAUAUGUCUUAAAGCAAAAUUUGAUGAUUUCGCUUUCGCUAAUAAGCUCACAGAAUUUCCUGAAAUGAAAUACAAUAUAUGUACGUCCAGAGAUAUGAAAUCGUUACACACGUCCAUUCAUAGCCACAGACGAGCUCCAUUAUGGGAUGGCUUAAAACCAGCUGAUAUGAAAACCUUAGAAUCUCUCAUAUCCGAACCAGUGUGGCAGAUUGCGCCACGAUUCAGACACGAACUGCAAGAUGAAACCAUUUCAAAAUACACAGAAGACGUUAUUAAUUUGGGUUUUCUAAAACAAGGUCAUGUACUAAUAAACGAAUUUUGGCAAAACGAAAUUGGCGAUCUAACUGUGGAUGCAAGUAGAUUUGCAACGUUAAAUGUUACUGUGGACAAACUCCACAGGCGUGGGUUCAAAGUAGCAUUUACUGUUCAGCCAUUUAUAAGUACAGAGAGUAAAAACUUCGCUGAGACAGUGCAAAAGAGACUGCUUGUUAGUGAAAGAAAUAGCGAUAGACGUAUACCAGCUUUAACUAGAUUUAAGACAUCAGCUAGUGCUGGUGUUUUGGACAUCACGAACGAGAGAUCCGUCCCUUGGAUAUUGAACAAACUUCAAGCUGUUAUCGAUGAGUACCAUAUAGAUUCAUUUUAUUUUGACCUCGGGACCGCAUACGAUAUGCCCCAUUACUACCGCUGUGAGAAGCAAUUGGUUAACCCUGAUCGUUACAAAACAGUUUUCACAAGAACUUUUGAAAAAACUUUAAAUAUAAUAGGAGUCUCUUCUGCUGUUAGUUUGCCGAGGCCUCCCACUUUUGUCUCGUUACCGCCAUUCGAAUCAACUUGGGAAGCUUUAAGAAGAGUAAUUCCAACGAUGUUAACCUAUGGUGUGAAUGGAUUUCCCUUCACAAUGCCAGGAGCUGUUGGUGGUGAUAUAUAUUGGCCUGGUAGUGAACAAUUUCUACCAUCGUCUAAAGGAGCGGUGGAAUCGAAUUCUAAUACCACACAAGAUAAUGGUAUUGCAUUACCAGAAAGAGAACUCUAUAUGAGAUGGUUGCAAAUGGCUACAUUUUUACCGGUUAUGAAGUUCACACAUCUUCCUAGCAAGUACAAUGAUGAAAGAGUUCUAGAAAUGGCGAAAAAUUUGACGUUGUUAAGACAAAAACUUGUUACUCCCCUCCUGCUCAAGUACAAGCGCGAAGCGCUUGAAGAGGGUCUGCCACUAGUGCGUCCGCUGUGGUUGGUGGCGGAUGGAGACGCACCACUAUUGGUACAAGAUGAGUUCGCGAUCGGUGACGAGAUCGUCGUGGCACCAGUUUUGAGACAGGGAGAAACUACCAGAGAAGUGUAUCUCCCAGCAGGCCUGUGGCAAGACGGCAUCGACGGUUCACUACGUAAGGGGAACAGAUGGAUGCACGAAUACAAAGUACCAACAGAACGGGUCGCUUACUUCCUAAGGAAACCAGACGAUUUGCGUUUCAAAUGAAAAAAAUAAUACCAACCAACUUAACCAACAGGCGUGUUUAAUGUUUGUAGCAAUGCCAACUGUUAUAUUAUUUUUUUAGUAAAUGACAGUAGCAUUAUGCUACAUGGGAUAAGUGAUGACGCAUCCUAGAUAUUUGAUGAAUCAUUUUCGACGUUAUAUAAAAUAUCAUUUUAUGUCAUAAUUAUCAAAAUUUAGAUUAAAAUCUUUACUAGUUUUAAGAAACGUAAUUAAGUAUUUCCUAUAACACCAAAGACGGUCUUAAAAACCUAAAACUUCUUAAGGAUUCUUUGCCUUGACCUGAUACAACCAAUUAACACGAAAGAAAUUGUAUAAUAAAUAAACAAUUAAGUAUCAAUUAAAUAAAAAAUUGAGAUGUUAUUCCAUUCAAAAUAAAUUUAAAAAUUGGUAGGACUUAAUCCUGGUUUGGGCAUAGCCUUUAUAAUAAUACUUUCAAUUUGAAGGGUAAGAGAACCGGUGUGAUUACAGGCACAAGGGACUUAACAUCUUAAAUCCAUUAUUAAAAGUGCAACCAGAAAUAGUUUAAUAUAUAAAAGUAAUUACAAUAACACGAUUCAUUGCGUGAUAGUUUCCAAUCGAUUCGAUUGCUUCUUGUGAAUUUUGUACCUCUCUCUGGUUUUAAAUUAAACAUGCCGAUAACUGUCUGUAUGACUUCUCUAACUGUUUAAAAUUAAAUAAAAAUAUUAGAUUCAAUAUAAUUUUCAUUCGUAUUAUUUUUAAACGGAAGUUCAUCUUUCAUAAGCCAUAUGGAAUCACGCACCGUAAAGUGUUCUUUGAAUGUUUUAAUUAAAUUGUUCCAGUAAUUAUUUAAUUUGUAGAAGAUAGAUUCUAAGGCUGAAAGUGCAAUGCGUUUUUUCUUACAAUAUCAUAUGGAGCAUAGAGCGAUCGUUUGCAUUUCAUUUCAAUUAUUUUUUUAAAUAUUUUUUUUUAUUCAUUUACGGAACGAGGUCAAUACACUAUGCGAAAAUUACCAAAGGUAUAAGUUACAGUAUUCUAAUGUUUUGUUACAAGUUUUAGAAUAAGUUAAUUGAUUAAUAUUAAGUAUUGAUCAAAUGAAAAAUCAAUAUGAAUCGAACAACAUAAUACCUAUCUAUCUUAAGUUAAUUGCGUUAUGUUUAUAUAACUAAUGUUGAUUUGCGAUUUAUUCAUCUUUGUUUACUAUACACAAUACCAUUAGAAUUGAUAUUCUUUUAGAAGAUUUCGUAUCUCACAUAUAAAAAACUGAAAACCGACUAAGGGUGAUACGCUAUUUUGAUGCGUGUAUUCUUUUAAACGCUAUAAUUAUCAUAAUCAAAGUCCCGUUGCAUCGCUUGCGUCAUGAUUCAGAAUAUCUAAAUAUCUCUUCAAAAAUGAAGAAUGUUUGGAAAAACGUCCAUACCAUUUAUCACGUUUCCAAAAAUUCUUCCUUAGUUUUAAAAACUAUGUAAAAGGAACGUAGUCUUACAUAUUACCCGAUCGUUUGCGUUAUGCUUUGAUUUGACAGUCAGUCAGUUAUUAUAUUUUAUAUUUAUUAUAUUUUAAGUAAGUUAUUAUGAGUAAAUGAUAUCUACGCGUCUUCUGCUAACUGUCAUCUGUUUUGAUCUUGAUUCUAGUCCUAUUAUAGAUAUAUUUUUUUUCAAUAUAUUGUUUCAAUGUUUCUUUAUAUAUGUCGUACAAUAAAUUGUAUUUUGUUGA